AUGUCUAAUCCGCUACCCGGGAUGAAGAACCCUUUAUUAAAUUCCGCAUUAUUGAGAAAAAUUUGGCUUCAAUUGGAUAUCGACGAUGAUCACAAUGGAAUCAUCAAUGAACCAUUUUCAAUAGAAUUUAAUGACUAUGAUACAAUCGAUGACUUGAAAACGAAGAUCUUUCUAAAAUUGAAUUCAGCGAGAUGGACGAAAGUACAUGAUAAUCCUUCCAUUGCAAUCGGCCAUUAUGAGAAUAUACAACAAGAAGAAUCUUCUUUUGCGUCCUCCAAGACAUCUCCUGAUGAUAAGGAUUAUCCUAUUAAUAACAUUAUCAAAAAUGGUCCUGAACAUGAACAUGACCGAGAAAAUGGCAAUGAAAAACCUCAAGAAUUAGAACUACAAAUUCCAAUAACAAAUAAAACACAUAUCAUUAACAGUAAUAGCGGCAAAUCACCUCUUUACCAACCUGGUCCAAUACGAUGCAGCCCUUUAUUAUCCGCACAUGAUGAACUACCAACACAUAUCAAUAACAAUAAUAACGAUAUAAGUCUCCAAAGAGCGAAAUCGAGCAGUCCACAUAUUUUAUCUUCAGGAAAUUUACAAAUACCGCGUUUCAAUUCUGCUUCUCCUUACACUCUUCACAAAAAAAUAAAUAAUAAAUUUAGACAUUCAACUCGUCGUCAUAAAUCUCAUUGUUAUCCUCAACACAAUCAUAAUCCUUAUAACCAUCAUAAUUAUUAUCAAAGAUCAAAUUAUAACUCUUUACAACCACAUUCAUAUUCAUAUUCUUACUCUCAUUCACAUAUUCGUUCUGGUACUUUUUCUCAUCCUUAUUCUUAUUCUCCUACUAAUAAUACUAAUCUUCACCAAGUUCAAAAUUCUAAUUUUAGAACAAUUCCUUUUAACAAUAAUAGUAAUAGAGUUACUCCAACAUCAUCAUCUAUCAAUGAAAAUAACGAUAAUUCUAACGAGAAUAAUUUUACCGCCAAAGAUGCUGAUAAAGACAUUGACGACGAUAAAACAGAAACAAGGACAACAAUUAACGUUACUAGCUCUGACACAUCAAUUUUAAAUCCAUGUAACGUUAUAUGUCAUAGUCCAUUAAAUUAUACCAUUGAACUAAUGGAUAAUUCAAUUUAUAGAAUCAUAUUUGAACCAGAUGAAUUGGUUACUAAUAUUUAUCACGAACUAUUCCAAUCUUUAGGUGCACAAACUUCAAGGAAUCCCUUAUUAGUAUUUUCCUCUCCCGCAUUACAGGAACAGGCAGAGGAAGCAUUGAACAGCAGUGUCGGGGGAAACCUCCAUGAUAACAUAGAACAACAACAAAUACAUGUUGAUGUCCCUGAAGAGCAACCGCAAGUAAAACAGCAACCAACAGUAACAGACUAUGAAUUAAUAACCAAUGAAGAACAAUUAAGAAGGGUAUCAGAAGGAAGAACAUAUAAUGAAACUGUUAGUAAUAAUAAUAACAGCAAUAAUAAUGACGCUAUUACACCAAAUGGUAAUGAUCAUGAUAGGAAUAUGGAUAUGCCAAAACAGGCAAUUCUAUUAUUACCGAAAAAUUAUUAUAAUGAGGAUGGUACCUUUAAAGAAGAACAGUUGAAACGUUCCAUAUUAAAUGAUAGUGGUAUAGAUAUAAAUAUAAGUGAUAAAGAGGGACAAUCUGAACUUCAAUUACCUUUACAAUACAAGUCAAAUCAUAUGAUUGAAACCGAAAGUCAACCUGAGACAGAUCUGACGAACACAUCUCAACAACAACAACAGCAAAAACAACAGCACCCCUUAAUUGAACAAGAGAUUGGUCUCCUCCACCCAAUGUUAGAGAAUGAAUGGAGGAAAAAUAAUAUACCAUUUUCACCCAUGUCACCUAGUUUAAAAGUACAAACACCCAAUUUAUCAUCAUUCCCAUCAAUUUCAAUGGUGACAACCAAUCCAACCUUUACAUACUCAAUUUCAAGUAUUUCUCAUGAUACUCUAUUGAGUGGUAUUACUACAACGAGUGAAAAAGUUUUCCCUAAGAUUAAUGUAUUAAUUGUUGAAGAUAAUGUAAUUAAUCAAGCAAUUUUAGGUUCAUUCUUAAGAAAACAUAAAAUAUCAUAUAAAGUAGCCAAAAAUGGUAAAGAAGCUGUUGAUAUUUGGAAAGAAGGUGGAUUACAUUUAAUUUUUAUGGAUUUACAAUUACCUGUAUUAUCAGGUAUUGAAGCAGCAAGACAGAUAAGAGAUUUUGAAAAGGAAAAAGGUAUUGGGAUUCAAGAAAAUAAUUUAAAACAAAAAAUCAUUCCUGCAUCAAAUAUUAAUCAAGCUCCAGUUAUUAUUGUCGCUUUAACUGCUUCAAAUUCUCUUGAUGACAAAAGGAAAGCUUUACUUUCUGGUUGUAAUGAUUAUUUGACAAAACCUGUCAAUUUACAUUGGUUAAGUAAAAAAAUCACAGAAUGGGGAUGUAUGCAAGCUUUGAUUGAUUUUGAUAGUUGGAAACAGGGAACGUCAGUUGAUAAGACUACUGCUACUGCUACUACUACUACUACCGCUACAGCCACUGCUACUCAAACUAAUAAUAGUAAAAAAUUGAACGAUGGAGAGAGGAGCAAAUCAUCGAAUAAAAUUCAUCAUCGUCACCGUCAUCGUCAUUGUCAUCGCAGUCGCCAUCAACUAUCUAUACUCGGGCUAAUGAUAGAUCGAUCAUAG